GUGCUCUAGCAACAGCGGCGGCGGCAGCGGCGGCUGCGAGGGCGCAGGCAUUUGGGGCGCGAAUGCCCUUCGCGCCGGCCGUCGAGGGGGCAGCGGCGGAGCUCUCCCCGAAGCGUGGAGCCUGGGGGCGGUGUCGGGAGGCGCGGGCGUGCAAGACUCCCUUCCCGCGGCUUCGCCCGGCGCCGCCGCUUCGCCUUCCCGGCGAGGCGGGAGACCUCUUUACUUCCCUGUUGGCAGACUUCCGAGGAGCCCCUUAUUUUUCCACCACCGAGGUGAAGAGGUUCUGGAAUCGAAGCGUCAGAGGUGGUUAAGUGCACCUUCUGCAACUCCUCGGAUCUGGUCAGUCUCCCUUUGGGGCGGGAGACCACAUUGGAGCAUCUCACUGGGGUGCAGGAAUGGAAGACCCCACCUUGCAUCCUUUCUGCAGUGUUGCUUGCCUCAUCUACUCUUAGGAAUGAAGAGGAGACUUGUGAUAACCCGAUGAGGUACUGAAAACCAAAUGGCAGAGAAAAUAUUACAGGACACAAACUAGUGAUCGUGUGGGGGCCACGCUCGUUUCUGAAUGUAAUUGGACGAGCGUGAAAAAGGUGCCCUAUUAAAAAGCACAGGAGUCCUUUAAGAGGAACAAAAUUGAGUUUUUCCAUUUUUUUGCCAAGAUUUUGGAGACUGUUCAAUGUAUUGUACGUCUGAUAUAAGAUGAGAACUUUGUAAGAUAUUCUGUUCAAGAGCGUAAACGAUGACUACCCCGGCCCUGCUGCCCUUAUCUGGACGAAGGAUACCACCUCUGAACCUGGGGCCGCCUUCCUUCCCACAUCACAGGGCUACCUUGAGACUUUCCGAGAAGUUUAUCCUCCUCCUUAUUCUAAGUGCCUUCAUCACCCUGUGUUUUGGGGCAUUCUUCUUCCUUCCAGACUCUUCAAAACACAAACGCUUUGAUCUGGGUUUGGAAGAUGUGUUAAUUCCUCAUGUAGAUGCCAGCAAAGGGGCUAAAAACCCUGGAGUCUUCCUGAUCCAUGGACCUGAUGAACAUAGACACAGGGAAGAAGAGGAACGUUUGAGAAAUAAAAUUCGAGCUGAUCAUGAGAAGGCCCUGGAAGAAGCAAAAGAAAAAUUAAAAAAGUCAAGGGAGGAAAUUCGAGCAGAAAUUCAGACAGAGAAAAAUAAGGUGGUCCAAGAGAUGAAGACAAAAGAGAAGAAGCCACUGCCGCCAGUCCCUAUACCAAAUCUAAUAGGAAUAAAUGGUGGAGACCCAGAAGAUAAUGACAUAAGAAAGAAAAGGGAAAAAAUUAAAGAGAUGAUGAAACAUGCCUGGGAUAAUUAUAGGAUAUAUGGAUGGGGACAUAAUGAACUCAGACCUAUUGCAAGGAAAGGGCACUCCACUAAUAUAUUUGGAAGUUCACAAAUGGGUGCUACCAUAGUAGAUGCUUUGGAUACCCUUUAUAUCAUGGGACUUCAUGAUGAAUUCCGAGAUGGGCAAAAAUGGAUUGAAGACACCCUUGAUUUCAGUGUGAAUUCAGAGGUGUCUGUGUUUGAAGUCAACAUUCGAUUUAUUGGAGGCCUGCUUGCAGCUUAUUACCUUUCAGGAGAAGAGAUAUUCAAGAUUAAAGCAGUUCAACUGGCUGAGAAACUCCUUCCUGCCUUUAACACGCCUACUGGGAUUCCUUGGGCAAUGGUGAAUCUGAAAAGUGGAGUAGGGCGAAACUGGGGCUGGGCAUCUGCAGGUAGCAGCAUUCUUGCUGAAUUUGGUACGCUGCAUAUGGAGUUUGUCCACCUCAGCUACUUGACAGGGGACCCAGUUUACUACAAAAAGGUAAUGCACAUUCGGAAACUCCUUCAGAAGAUGGAUCGUCCAAAUGGUCUUUACCCAAAUUAUUUGAACCCAAGAACAGGUCGCUGGGGUCAGUCUGAUUUGCAGAAGAAGUUGGCACCUGUUGCCACGGGGCUAUCCAUGCCUGGCUUAGGAAUCGGAAAAAUUGCUGAGGAGCUCCGACAGGAGCUGCAGGUGCUGCAGGUCUGGCCACCGGCCCGCCCUCCAAGACUGAAGCUCAUUUCUCUCCCUUUUAUUUUCAGAUAUUUGUAUCUGCUGUUCUCCAGUGAUGACCUUUUACCUUUAGACCACUGGGUAUUCAAUACAGAGGCUCAUCCUCUGCCCGUGUUACAUUUAGCCAACACCACACUUUCAGGAAAUCCUGCUGUUCGAUGAAAGCAGCUCCAGAAAGACCAUUCUCACCUGUGUUUUGUUUACAUGGACUACUACAGAAAUUAGUCUGGAGAGGGGGCUUUGGGAAACCUGGACCUCAUAAGUCACCAUGGCAGGGUGAAACAUGACUAUGCCCCACAGGACUUUUCAACUUGUAGAUAUCUCAACUUUGAAAUGAUUCCAUUUUAUACCUGACCAAAAUAUAUUCUGGUAUUAUGUAAGACAAAGACCUGGUAUGCUUGGAUUCUUAAAGAGAUGGUCACAUGGGAAAUUUUGCCUGUUACUACUAUAUUGUUUUUAGAGUCCUGGAAUCUGGAGUCUAGACUGCCUAAGAAUAAGCCAAGAAUGUGGAGCACCUUGUGGGAGUGAGAGAUGGCCUUUGGAACCAAUUAUAUAUGUGUUCCUUCCAAAGCGGAGCAGCUUUCAAAUCAAAUAUUUACUUAUCGUUUCUCCCCCUUUUCUCCAUUUUUAAUAAUGGAAGGAACUAAAACAAAAGAACAGUGGAACUGCAUCAGGAGCAAUGAAGACUGGAAAAAGAAACCCAAGUACCUGUCCCUGUCUCAGUUUCUAGUUCCCCAUUGGAUGACCAGACUGGCAACCAUUUCAGAUCCCAAUGUAUUCCAUUGAAAUUUCUUGGUUAAAUUUAAUUUUCUCUGGGGGCAUGAUCUCACAAAGAAUACUCUUCAAGUCUUUGUCUCCAUAUGGAAUCAUUGAAACUGCUAUUUAUCAUAACCACUACUUAUGAGCCUGGGUUUGGGAUUUUGUGCAUGUUGAUCAGUCUAGUGUGGUAGCAUGACCAAAAGUGGGGGAAACGCUGCAGUUUGUCGCCUUGAAACCUGUUCUAAGAGAAAGCCUUGGUUUUGUUGGGAGGAGAUUUUUUUUUUCCAAACCAGCGAAUCUACCAAGUGAAUUUUAUCCACUUUAACCUUGUUAUAAAUUUAGUAAAAUCCCUCAACUUACGACUUUCUGUAGCUUGGCAAAAUUCACUAUACUAUUAUGCAGCUCUGAAUUUACCCAAAUUUCUUUUACAGCCUAUUAAAUCAAAAAACAAAAUACAGUGAAACUUGCUUAAACAUUCUAUCCGGAGUGGGAACAGGGGAUCCUUUAUUUAUUAUCUCAUCAGAUGAGUGAACUUUUCACAAAUAUUUUAUGUAAAAAAUAAAAUUCAGCUUUUAUUUUCUGCAAGGGUAUUUAUAGAAAUCCAAAGAACAGCUUCAAAAUAAUUUUUAGCAAAAAAAAAAAAUGUAUAAUUAAUCAUACUAACUAAAUUUGGGAUAUAUCUAAGGGAGUUUCUCUUACCAUCAGAUUUUACAGUGAUAUUUAUUUUUAAAGAAAUUACUAUUUCUUUAUAUUUGGGGGGAAGAACUUAAAUUUUAUCAAGAACUGUAUUGUAAGAUAAAUAUGCUUAUAAAUUUUCUGUCCCUUAAAUUCACGUCACAGUGCAAGACACUUUUUCUUCUUUACAUUUAAUACAAACAGCUUCCAUUGACAGUAAAAGUUGGGAGCAGUGUAAUUACUCUGAUAUUUACUGUGAAUUUGAAGAUUUUGUGAACAGUGUUUGGGGAAGAAGCCCACCUUGGAUUCUGAAGGCAUAUUUUCUUAUUUUGAUAGCUUUUCUGUUUAACCUUUUAGCAUGUAGUAGAUUUAAAUUGGAGAAAAGAUUUAAUAAAUUAAUAUAAUUAAGUAUUUUCUACGGGUUAUCAUCUUACGCCACCAAGAGUCAGACAGUCCUCACAAUUUAGCAAAUGAUCCCCAGCGUUUUCAGUAUACCUAGAAAAUAAGAAUGUGGAGCCCAGUGCAUUAUUUAAGUUUUUAAGAGAGUUAAAUUUUAGCACACAUUUUGAAAUUGUAAUAUCUUUUACUACUUGAAAAAUAAAAAUUUUUAAAUGAGAAGGAUAGAUAACUAACUUGAGAAAGGAAGAGUAUUUUGUUCUCAGAAACAUGUUAGCCUUCCUCCUAAAAAUAGUGCAAGCCCACUUAUGAGUCACUAAAAAGUGUGAACAACUUGAGGGAGCAAAGAGCCACUGGGUAGCUGGCCGUGCGCCCACGCGCACUUUGUUCAGAAGAGUGCAGAGUAAAGGGGCCUUCUUGGUCUCCCAGGAGCCUCUCAAGGAAGGAGAAGACAGAGCCCCCACCCACAAGUGCUCGGUUUCUAUCUCUGGGCUGACUGGGACUUAAGAGGAGGCAGAGAGAUGUCCGAGCAUGGCCAGUUCUCACACAAGCGAAGAAUCUGACGGGGCAGAGGAAGGGUCGUCUUCACCACCCACUCCCUUGCCUGUGAUGAAAGAAGACUAGUGCUUAUCACAAUGCUUCCAUUGUUUUUUUCUCUGAAUACCAAAGGCAAUUAAAGUCAGCUACAAAUGACUUGCCAGUGUCAUGUUUUGUUUUGUUUUUACAGAUUUUUAAAAUUAUUUCCUCUAGGAUCAGUCCUUAUCCCAUAUUUACUUAGUUUCCAAGAGUAUUUACUUUCUUCUGUCCCUUACCAUCCUUUGCAUUUUGUAGACCUAUUACUCAGGUUAAAAUGCUCAUUUCACGUGUAAGAUCUUCACAAAGAACCUAGAGAUGCUCCUUUCCAGGUGCCUCAUCAGAGAGCUGACACCUCACUUUGUGCAUUUGGCACAAAUGUGCUGAGUAGAUAGAUCAGUUGGUACAUAAAAGAAAAAUAGAGAUGUUGAACACCCCUCUACCUUCUACAUUUCUCUCUUAGAAUUUUAGAAUCACACUUUUUUGUUGAAACCGGUCUGAAGUUGUUAAAGCCAAGCGAAUGCGGCCCUAACCAAAAAGUCAUCUCUGCAGAAAAACAAGACCCCAGUCAGAGGGUUCUUGCUUUCUGGUGGGUUGCAUGUAUGUGCUGUUUUGUAUCUGACACCCAUUUACACCCAUCUUUGAGCAGAUGUUCAUAUGUAAGAGUGAAGCCUGGAUAUUGGAGGAAUGUGUUCCUCUUGUGGAUGUUGACCCUCAUUCUCUGUGACGUCAGCUAAGGCACCCCUGGGCUGCCCUUGGUAGAUCGUAACCAAGCAGUUUGGAACCGUGACCAUUGGCUUCUCAUCUCCACUCUCCUUUGCCAAAGUCUUUGUCCGAGCUACAGAUUUGUUGAUAAAAGAUUGUGCUUGCCAUUCUCGUUAUGCAGUUUCUCCUUCCGCCUGGAUUUCUGUGAAUGAAUGCACGAGUGAAUGAGAGAAUGAGUGAACAAACAUGGAGUCCCUAAUAUGUGCCGAGCGAGCAUUGUGCUAGGCAUGCACUCUCAAGCAUUAGAACAUUUGUGAUUCCAGUGGCAUUUUCUGUGUAAGAGUAAUUCAUACCAUUUUAAAUGUUUUCCAGUAUGAAUUAUGUUACAAAAUCCUUAAUUUUAUAUUUCAUUUAAAUUAAAGAGGAAAAGAAAUGGUUUAUAAUAUAUUUUAAGCAAUGUGUUACUAUAUAAUACUAACAGCUAUAAUUGUAGUUAAUAACUAAAGUCUCUUGGAAAAUGUCAAAGAAAUACUUGACUUCUGAUGCAACUUUGACUAAAAUAUUUACUUUAGAAAUAAAAACAUUGUUUUGCUAUAUCACUUUAAUUAUAUAAUUAAAAAUUAGUGUUUUAUAGAAAUGCUGGUUAUUUUAUAUUCAAAAAAUUUUGUCAUGUAAGUCAUGGGUAAGAUCUGCAGUUGUAAAUUGUUCUUGCUCUGCUAAGGGUCCUGCUCAUGGUCCCAUGCUGUUAAAUAUAAAGAAAAAUAUACUAAAAUAUUUCUAAGUUCCAAAUAACAAGUUUCUAGUAAUCAUAUUUUGAGUUCUUAUUUUUCUUUAGGUCUCCUUACCUUCAAAUUGGCUAGCUCAUAUCUUAUCUGUUCUCUACGUAGAUAUAUACAUAAAUACAAUUAUUCACAGAGAUUUUUAAUAUCGUCUGUGUUUGUUAACAAACACAAACACAGUUGUUAACUAGUUCUGUCUACACGGAUUGUAAGCAGAAUGGUUGAGUUAGCCAAAUAUGAUCUGGAGAUAUUUUAAUGUACUUUUCUGGUUCAAGAACACAAGUGAAGAUGAUUUUCUGUUACUUCAGCUCCUUCAGAUCAUGAUGGAAACAUUCUUUGAUCUAUAAUGGGUCAGCAAGCUUUUCUGUAAAGGGCCAGAUAAUAAAUAUUUUAGGCUUUGUGCAUCAUACAGUGUCCUAUCUCUAUUACUCAGUUCUGCCAUCGGACCAUGAAAGCUGGCAUAGGCGAUAUGUAAAUGAAGGGGUGUGGCUGUGUUCCAAUAAAACUUUAUUUACAAAAGUAUGGAGAGCUGGAUUUGGCCCAUGGGUCAUAGUUGUUAACCUUUUAUCGCAAGUUUAAUUUCUGUAAGACCCUUAUGUAAUCUCUGAUCAGCAUCUUUUCUCUGUGUUUGAGUUACGUAAUUCAUUUUCAAAGCAAAAAGAUGGUGUGUAUGUAUGAUUGUAUGGAUUUGUGUAACCUAAAGCUAUAUAUUUUGUUGUCUUGAAAAUAGAUCUACUCUUCUGGAGUCUGUUCAGGUUCCAAUCUGAUACAACUGUCAUGAAAGUGGCAUUUUUUGUUGUUGUUAUUGUUGUUUGGGGGGUAUUCUCUCAGCCAGUUUCCUUGCCUUGUCAUUUAAUGCCACAAUUCCAGACUCCCCAUAUAAAAAGGAAGGUCUCUGUGGUGUCAAAAUAUUGAGUCUUUCCGGGUUCUGCCUGCUCGUUGAUCAUUGGACCGGGACUCUGGCUUGCUGGAGCUGCAAAACUCUUCCACUUGAGUACUCUCAGAUCCCUACAACGAGAAUAUGAUAGAAUCUCUAACCUUCAUGCUGCCAAAACCAAUCUCUUGAAAAAUUUGAAGCAACAGAAAAUGGGGUAUGUGCCUCAUUUGCCAUUUGGCAGCCACUAUUCCUUUUUCAGACUGCAGAAUGGUCCUGCCUCUGUUACCUUGAGAACAGCCUAAAUCUGAGUGCAGAGAAAAGAUACAUCCAAAAGGAGAGUUCCCUUUUCUCUUACUGCAUAACUUGCCUCAAUUCCUUUACAAGUCCAUCGCAUUAUUUCAGAAUGUCAAUAUGCAUCAUAUUUAAAUUAAAGCAUCCCUCAACGUCAGCCUUACAUUUCCACUGUUGAACAGCUAAUCUCUUCUAAACUUUGCUUGAGCCCAGCAGCACUGGUGAAAUUACUCAGUUACACGACACCAUAUUACUAGUAUAUACGUUGCAGUGUACCAGUCAUCGUGACUGAGAGAGAUUUUUCACUAAGGAGUGUAUCAAAUAGGCAUUUCAUUCUUUUUGGAAAUUCUAGAGGAGGGGAGCCCUGUAAAUGAGCUGCCUUUCUAGGUCCAGCAUAUGCAGAGGGCUUCAGUUCGGUGUGGGUGUAAGUGUGAGCACACAAACACAGAAACCCACAUCUAUACGUGUUAAUAUGCACAAGAUUUUAAUCGCAAACGUCUUGCUGCUAUUGAAUGCUACAGAAUUCUAUGGCAAAUUGCUUACCAGGACAUUCCAUGGAGAUAAGUUCAGCUCGCUCUUGAGAAAAAUUAUUUCUUAGAAAACAAAUUAGUUUUUGUUGGAUUAAUUAAAUAAGGUAUCCCCCGUUUUAAUUACUAGAUUUGGAAAUUGAAGUGCCAUUCCUCAAUCUCACUGGUCUCAAAUUCACUGAUAAAAUUUUUCCCUAAACUAGUAAGUGGGGUAAGUAUAACCUCCUAGAUCGGUACCCACUGGCCGCUCUUGAACUGAUUUCCAGUCAUGUCCUCCAUAUGUAAUUUUUAUAAAUUAAAGGUAAUAUUGUAUAUUAAAGAUCAAAUAAAGAUGUUCCUUAAGUGAAA